GCUGGAAGGGGAAUAAGAUGGUAGUAUUCAGUUCCUUCUUCGAAUCACAUCACUCUUUCCUGUCAUAAAUCUGCCUUCAACCACUUCUACUGAUCUGGAAAUUACUCCGAUUUAUUUCCGAGCCGUGCUUACACUUUCUUCCUCUGUGCUCACCCAACCCUUUUUUAAAUGCUAUUUCCGAAUGCCUCGAUCAAUCUCGUACCAAACAGUGGCCAAGAUGCUUAGAUUCUUCUCUGUAUUUAUCUUCCUUUCAAUCCCAGUUUCAUCCCAGCCUACCGAGCUCUUCUUUCGGGGAUUCAAAGAUGUGGGCACCGACAAAUUUACCUUAGACGGCAACGCUAAGAUCCAGAAAUCCGGCAUUCUACAGUUAACCAACGACACCGGUCGGUUGAUGGGCCACGGCUUCUUUGACUCGCCGUUUCGGUUCAAGAACUCUAGCACUGGUAAAGCUCUAUCUUUCUCCACCUCGUUUGCUUUUGCUAUUGUCCCCGAGUAUCCUAAGCUCGGAGGCCAUGGCCUCGCUUUCACAAUCGCCACCUCCAAGAAUCUAAAUGCUCUGCCUCGGCAGUACCUCGGUCUCCUUAAUUCCGGCGACAUCGGGAAUUUCUCUAAUCAUCUCUUCGCUGUUGAAUUCGACACUGUCCAAGACCUCGAGUUCGGAGACAUAAACGACAACCAUGUUGGCGUCGACAUCAAUAGCUUAGAAUCCAACGCUUCCGCCGCCGCAGAAUAUUUCACUAGCGAUUCAACCAAACAAGAUCUUAACCUCAAGAGCGGGAGUUCUAUUCUAGCUUGGAUCGACUACAAUUCAGCUGAAAAUGUCCUCAACGUUUCGGUUUCGCCAUUUUCUUCAAAACCCAGUAAGCCACUCUUGUCACUAAAAGUAGAUCUCUCGCAGAUCUUUCAAGAAUUUAUGUUCGUUGGGUUCUCUGCUUCGACGGGUUUGCUCGCUAGCUCACACAGCAUCUUGGGCUGGAGCUUCAAGAUCAACGGGCAAGCAGCAGCCCUUGAUCUCUCUUCUCUACCGUCACUACCAGGACCCAAGAAGAAGCACAAAGCUCUUUUAGUAGGGGCUUAUGUUUCAGCUGUCGUUCUUUUACUAUCCGCCAUCUCCGCUGCCUUUUACCUGUUCAGGAAGAUAAAGAACGCCGACGUAAUCGAGGAUUGGGAACUUGAACUUGGGCCACAUCGUUACUCUUAUCAAGAACUGAAGAAAGCAACCAAACGUUUCCGAGAGAGAGAGCUACUUGGUCGAGGUGGGUUCGGUCGAGUUUACAAAGGGACGCUUCCAAAUUCGAAUAUCCAAGUUGCGGUGAAGAGAGUCUCGCACGAUUCCAAACAGGGUCUGCGGGAAUUCGUGGCGGAAAUAGCCAGCAUCGGUCGGCUUCGCCACCGGAAUUUGGUUCAGUUAUUGGGCUGGUGUCGCAGGCGAGGCGAUCUUCUUCUAGUGUAUGAUUUCAUGGCCAACGGGAGCUUAGACAAGUUCUUGUUCGAUGAGCCAAUAACAGUUCUCAAUUGGGAGCAAAGGUUGAAGAUCAUAAAGGAUGUCGCUUCUGGGCUUCUGUACUUGCACGAGGGCUAUGAACAGGUCGUGAUUCACAGAGAUGUAAAGGCUAGCAAUGUGUUGCUAGACAGUGAACUCAACGGGAGACUAGGCGAUUUUGGGCUUGCUAGACUGUACGAGCACGGCUCGAACCCCAGCACGACCCGGGUGGUGGGAACUUUAGGGUACCUUGCACCAGAGCUGCCUAGAACAGGCAAGGCCACGACAAGCACGGAUGUGUUCGCAUUUGGUGCACUGUUGCUUGAGGUUGCCUGUGGCCGGAGGCCCACUGAGCAGAACGCAACGCCCGAGGAGUUAGUUCUGGUGGAUUGGGUCUGGGACAGAUUCAUAGAAGGGAAGGUCCUUGAUGUUAUAGACCCUAAGCUGAAUGGAAAGUACGAGGAGGCUGAGGUGGUGAUGGUGCUGAAGUUGGGGCUUAUGUGUUCAAGCAACACGCCAAUGGCACGGCCAAGCAUGCGGCAAGUGGUGAGGUAUUUGGAAGGAGAGGUUGAGAUCCCGGACAACUUGAAGGCGCCAGGUGAGUACGUUAAUGGAGGCAAGGGUCAUCUUGCAGAGGGUUUCGAUGAUUUUGUGCACUCGUUUCCGUCUACGUCCGUUGAUCGAUCGAGUUCGUACAUAUUCACGAGGAACAGAGAGAUGGAUGCUAGUUUUGCUUCUUUUUCGGCUUCUUCUCUCUCCCUUCUCAGUGGCAGAGGAGAAACUGGCUCUCUUAAUUGUGAUCAGGAAAUAAGUUCAUAAUUAUUAUUAAUGUUCAUUAUAGUUUUUCAUAA